AUGGCUAUCGUUUCAGAUGACCGUCACGGCCUCCGUCUGCCCAAUCCCCCUCCACUGUUGCAUACUCGCGGUCAAUUCGAUCGCCCCGGUACGCCAGAUGCCUUCACCAGUCCACCACAGACCCCGCAAGGGAGUCCCAGCAAGUCUCGACCACCACCUGGCGCACUCGAUCUGCCCAAUGUCUUCGACAAGGCGAUGAAACUGACCCCGACCUCUCCGUCCAAAUCCACCUACAAUCACUACAACCAUCCCAUGUUCUCCGCGGAGAAGAGCGAGAACUUCAACGAGAGCGUCAUCCACCAGACCCCGUCGAGCCCAACACGCCGAUCCAACAAGGAGAACACGCCACCCAACCCCGCGCGCCUAACCAAGGAAUUGGGCUCCACGCCCACCGCGGCCGCCUUAUCGCGCCAGGAGCCAUACCAACCGCGCGAUGAGACCACCAAACGCCAGGUGCAGAUGCGGGGACUGACCCCCGAAGAGAUUGAGAAGCUCGCACAGCCCAAGGUCAAGCGCCUGGUCAACGUCACUCAACUCUACUUCCUCGACCACUACUUCGACCUCCUCAGCUACGUUCACAACCGCCAAACCCGCCACACCCAAUUCAAAGCCGCCUACCCCGACCCCCCAGUGACCCCGGAAGAAGAGCACGAGCCCGCCCUCCUGAAAUACCUCGGGCGCGAGCGGGCGCAUCUCCGCAAACGUCGCACCCGUCUUCGCCAGGGCGACUUCCAGAUUCUGACCCAAGUCGGCCAGGGAGGAUAUGGGCAGGUGUAUCUGGCACAGAAGAAGGACACCCGUGAAGUUUGCGCAUUGAAGGUGAUGAGCAAGAAGCUGCUAUUCAAACUCGAUGAAAUCCGCCAUAUUCUCACCGAGCGUGAUAUCCUGACGGCGGCGAAGAGUGAAUGGCUCGUGAAGUUGCUCUACGCGUUCCAGGAUGACUCUCAGAUCUACCUUGCCAUGGAAUACGUCCCGGGAGGUGAUUUCCGCACCCUGUUGAAUAACACCGGUGUCCUGCACAACCGACACGCCCGUUUCUACAUUGCGGAGAUGUUCAGCUGCAUCGAUGCUCUGCACGUUCUGGGCUACAUUCACCGUGACUUAAAGCCAGAGAAUUUCCUUAUCGACUCAACCGGUCAUGUCAAGCUGACCGACUUUGGUCUCGCGGCUGGCAUGCUCAGUCCCGGCAAGAUCGAGUCCAUGCGUGUCAAGCUCGAGGAAGUCGGAAAUACGCCUGUGCCCUUCGGUCGGCCCAUGGAGCAACGAACAAUGGCCGAGCGUCGACAGGGAUAUCAGUCCUUGCGCCAACGCGAGGUCAAUUAUGCCAAGUCAAUCGUCGGCUCGCCGGAUUACAUGGCCCCCGAAGUCCUCAAGGGCGACCAAUACGAUUUCACCGUGGAUUACUGGAGUUUGGGAUGCAUGCUGUUCGAGGCCUUGGCUGGAUACCCACCGUUUGCAGGAGCCACCGUCGAAGAGACAUGGCAGAAUUUGAAGCGCUGGCAGAAGGUUCUGCGCAAGCCUGUUUAUGAAGAUCCCAACUACUUCCUUUCACGGCGGACAUGGGACCUCAUUACCAAAUUGGUCGCUGGCAAGGAUACCCGGUUCAAGAAUAUCAAGGAGAUCCACGCACACGACUACUUUGCCGAAGUGGACUUUAACGGCCUCCGGGAACAGCGCGCUCCCUUUGUGCCCGAACUCGACUCGGAGACGGAUGCUGGAUACUUUGACGACUUCAGCAGCGAGGCCGACAUGGCGAAAUAUAAGGAGGUUCACGAUAAGCAGCGUGCGUUGGAGGAUAUGGCCGAUCGAGACGACAAGAUGGGCAAGGGCCUAUUUGUUGGCUUUACCUUCCGACACCGCAAACCUGCAGUUGACAGCAAUGGCCGCAGCAGCUCCCCCCGAAAGCCCAUCGCCACCGACGGCACAUUCGGAACGAUGUUCUGA